UUUCAUGGUGAUGACAUGGCAUCUGCCAGCUCCAGCCGGGCAGGAGUAGCCCUCCCUUUUGAGAAGUCUCAGCUUACUCUGAAAGUGGUGUCAGCAAAGCCUAAGGUGCACAGCCGGCAGCCCCGGAUCAACUCGUAUGUGGAGGUGGCGGUGGACGGGCUCCCCAGCGAGACCAAGAAGACCGGCAAGCGCAUCGGGAGCUCGGAGCUGCUGUGGAACGAGAUCAUCAUCUUGAAUGUAACGGCCCAGAGUCAUUUAGAUUUGAAGGUCUGGAGCUGUCAUACCUUGAGGAAUGAACUGCUAGGCACGGCCUCCGUCAACCUCUCCAACGUCCUGAAGAACAAUGGGGGCAAAAUGGAGAACACGCAGCUGACCCUGAACCUGCAGACGGAGAACAAAGGCAGUGUUGUAUCAGGCGGAGAGCUGACGAUUUUCCUGGACGGGCCCACUGUUGACCUGGGAAGCGUGCCUAAUGGCAGUGCCGUGACAGACGGAUCACAGCUGCCUUCGAGAGAGUCCAGCGGGUCAAGCAUAGCUUCCGAGAACCGGCACCCACCCACCAGCACAAACUGCUUUGGUGGGAGAUCCAGGACACACAGACAUUCAGGUGGUUCAGCCAGAACAGCCACAGCAACCAGCGAGCAGAGCCCUGGUACGAGGAACCGGCACCGCCAGCCCAUCAAGAACCCCAGCCACAGUGGCCUGGCCAAUGGCAUAGUGAAUGAUGAAUCCACUGCAGCCACUGAUCUUGAAGAACCUUCUGUUGUUGGUGUGACGUCCCCACCUGCCUCCACCUUGAGUGUGACCCCCAACCUGAGCGCAACAUCUCUUCCCGCUCCGGCCACACCGGCUGAAGGAGAGGAGCCCAGCACUUCGGGCACACAGCAGCUCCCUGUGGCUGCCCAUGCCCCCGAUGCUCUGCCUGCCGGGUGGGAGCAGCGGGAGCUGCCCAAUGGGCGGGUCUACUAUGUUGACCACAAUACCAAGACCACCACCUGGGAGCGGCCUCUUCCUCCAGGCUGGGAAAAACGCACAGACCCCCGAGGGAGGUUUUACUACGUGGAUCACAACACGCGGACCACCACCUGGCAGCGCCCAACAGCUGAGUACGUGCGCAACUACGAGCAGUGGCAGUCGCAGCGCAGCCAGCUGCAGGGGGCCAUGCAGCACUUCAGCCAAAGAUUCCUCUACCAGCCUUCAAGCACUUCGACUGACCAUGAUCCCCUGGGCCCCCUCCCUCCUGGCUGGGAAAAGAGACAGGACAACGGACGGGUGUAUUACGUAAACCAUAACACGCGCACUACCCAGUGGGAGGACCCUCGGACGCAGGGGAUGAUCCAGGAACCAGCUCUGCCCCCAGGAUGGGAAAUGAAAUACACCAGCGAGGGAGUGCGGUACUUUGUGGACCACAAUACCCGCACCACCACCUUUAAAGAUCCUCGCCCAGGGUUUGAGUCGGGGACGAAGCAAGGUUCCCCUGGUGCCUACGACCGGAGCUUUCGGUGGAAGUAUCACCAGUUCCGGUUCCUCUGCCAUUCCAAUGCCCUCCCUAGCCACGUGAAGAUCAGUGUUUCCAGGCAGACGCUCUUUGAGGAUUCUUUCCAACAGAUCAUGAACAUGAAGCCCUACGACCUGCGCCGCCGCCUCUACAUCAUCAUGCGCGGUGAGGAGGGCUUGGACUACGGAGGCAUCGCCAGAGAGUGGUUCUUCCUCCUGUCCCACGAGGUGCUCAACCCCAUGUACUGCCUGUUUGAGUACGCCGGGAAGAACAACUACUGCCUGCAGAUCAACCCCGCCUCCUCCAUCAACCCCGACCACCUCACCUACUUCCGCUUCAUUGGCAGGUUCAUCGCCAUGGCUCUGUACCACGGGAAGUUCAUCGACACCGGCUUCACCCUCCCCUUCUACAAGCGGAUGCUCAACAAGAGACCCACACUGAAAGACCUGGAAUCUAUCGACCCUGAGUUCUACAACUCCAUCCUCUGGAUCAAAGAGAACAACCUAGAGGAGUGUGGCCUGGAGCUGUUCUUCAUCCAGGACAUGGAGAUCCUGGGCAAGGUGACAACCCACGAGCUGAAGGCGGGCGGCGAGAGUAUCCGUGUCACGGAGGAGAACAAGGAAGAGUAUAUCAUGCUUUUGACCGACUGGCGCUUCACCCGUGGCGUGGAAGAGCAGACCAAAGCCUUCCUGGAUGGCUUCAAUGAGGUGGCCCCACUGGAGUGGCUGCGCUACUUUGAUGAGAAAGAGCUGGAGCUCAUGCUGUGCGGCAUGCAGGAGAUUGACAUGAGCGACUGGCAGAAGAACACUAUCUACCGGCACUACACCAAGAACAGCAAGCAGAUCCAGUGGUUCUGGCAGGUAGUGAAGGAGAUGGACAACGAAAAAAGGAUCCGGCUCCUGCAGUUUGUUACCGGAACUUGCCGCCUGCCUGUUGGGGGCUUUGCUGAGCUCAUUGGGAGCAACGGUCCGCAGAAGUUCUGCAUUGACAAGGUUGGCAAGGAAACCUGGCUGCCCAGAAGCCACACCUGCUUCAACCGUCUGGAUCUCCCACCCUACAAGAGCUACGAACAGCUGAAGGAAAAGCUGCUGUAUGCUAUCGAGGAGACAGAGGGCUUUGGACAGGAGUAAUUGAGGCCACCCACCCACGCCCCCAGCACACACGUAGUCCCGAGUCCUCCCCACCUGAGAGUCCGCUGGCCACACAGCCUCAGGAGGUCCCUGUGGGUGGCGGCCCUGCAUGGGACCACACUGCCAGCCCCCGAUGGCAGAGCUUCCCUCCUACCCGCAGGUGGCAGUCUGGAAUAAAGCCCCGAGUCACCUUGGCCCCAUCACCCAUCGUGGAGUCCAAGAGUGACCAACCCUCUGCAAAACCCUCCCCUUCCCCUUGGGCCAACCUGGGUGUGCGUGAGUGUGAGGGGAGGUGCCCGGUGCUAAAGAGCAUCAGAAGCCUGGGCCUCAUCCUACUUAGAGGAGGAACCUGGCCACUUCAGGUGGCUAUUCUGGGAUGAGAAAGCCAGGUCUUUGCCAGCAGAAGAGGCUGUCUUAACUAGAACUUUCUGGGACCUGUAUGAAACACAGGUCUGAGGAAAGACUGUCUUUGCUUCCCUUUCCAGCUGGUUCCAGCUGCAGAGGCUGAGCAGCAGGGACUGGGGGCCCCAGCUCAUCCCUCUCAGCAGACAAAAGGGUUGGACAAGACACCUGCCUGGGGAUCAGUGUGGGGAAAACAGCAAACUCCCUCAAAAGUUGUCCUUUUACAUAAACUUGAAGCUUUUGUGUGUAGGGUUGCUUUUCGUUUUGCUUUUGAUAUGCUGCUGCCACUUUCCGUGGAGGACUUGGGGCCCCAUGUGUCCAGGGUCUUGGGGGACCUGGCCUUGUUGGUGUAAGUUUCCCAAACAGCUGCUCUUCUCAGGAACUGGCUUAGCAGUCUUCGCGCUCAGGCAGGCCCAACCCAGCCGCUCUGUUGUCCAGCGGCCAAGUCCCUGAGCUUUCCACGGAGGGAGGGCAGGGUGUCCUGAGCGCCACUCCCAGCCUGCGCCUUCGCCAUCCCUUUGCUCGAUCGCCCCCUGGUGGGCCCCAGGGAGGGGGCGGAGUCUGACUGCUCCUUCCUGGCAGCCCUUAGAGACCCAGGUGGUCCUUAGUCCACUCCAUAGAAUGACACGCAUCCUGGUGAGCCGAGCGAGCUCAUUCUGCAUAGAUGCCAGGCUUUAUCUGCACCCAGGAUGUGGCACCACUGAAAACUGGCACCGAGCUGCUGCCGCAGCCUGGCUUGGUUUUCAGAGCUCCCGCCAGCCUCCGCCUUGGGGAUUCCGCUGUGGACCGAAGUCCCUUGGGACUCUGGAGUAAUGAUGGCGGCACGCUGCCCAGUGGGGACCCCAGGCUGGCUUUUACUUCUGUCCGGGAGCCUUCAAGGACAGUCUCACCCUCUGCAUCUCGUCCCUCCCGGGUCCGUGGAGGGACGGGCCGUGUCCACCCACGUUCGAGUGGCCCACUCACUGCGGCUUGGUCUCCCCCAGUCACUUCUGGUACUGCCCUGACGUGGCCCCACAAAGCCUACUCCAGCAGGCGGGCGGGCUGCAAGCUGCCAGGGUGGCGCGGGAGCAUCAGGGCUCACGGUGUUCAUGCGUGUUUGUGUGUGCGCGUGCGUGCCUACGUACAGCGGAAGUGUCCGUGUGGAACGCCCUGCGGUAGCACUGGGUUGGUCACUGGGUUGCUUUGUAACGCCUGCCCCUGCGUCGGUAUUGCCAGUUUCUUGUGCAAUAAACAAUCACAGCCGUGGGUGGUGUCUGUGUGG